GUUAUUAUUCAUAUUCAGACACUGUUUUAUUGAGGAUGUUGUCUGAAAUGGACAUGUCGUGUAAUAACGACAUCGCAAAGGGGAAGCGCACAAAGCGGCGUCUGAGGCCUUUGUCGCCUUGUGCCGUUGCUGCCAUGACUUCUAGCUGCUCAAGUGCUUCCGGUGGCGGCGGCGGCGGCGACUAUGGCUCGUUUUCAUCCAACACCUUUGAGGAAGAAGAAGACAUGGCUAAUUGCUUGAUUCUCCUUGCCCAAGGAAGAGGAAGAGAAAGAGAAAGAGAAAAUCUUCAUCAUCAUAAGCACCAAACUGAAGAAGAUAAGACAACAGAGAUUGGUACCAAAAUUGGUUUCUAUAUUUAUGAGUGCAAAACUUGCAACAGAACAUUCCCUUCUUUUCAAGCACUGGGUGGUCACAGGGCAAGUCAUAAGAAGCCAAAGUUGACGCCGCCGCCGGAGGAAAAGAAACCACCGCAACCGCCGCCGCUGGUGGUGCAACCAAUCACGAGUUGUGAGUUUGAAGAAGCAAAGCCAACCCAUGUGAAGAUUAGCCCUUUGGUUUCCCUUCAGUUAGGGUGCGGUAAUAGUAAUAAUAAUAAUAAUAAUAAUAACAGAGGUAAUUUCCAUGGAAAUCACAAGCCCAAGAUUCAUGAGUGUUCCAUUUGUGGUUCUGAAUUCACAUCUGGACAAGCAUUGGGUGGACAUAUGAGGAGGCACAGAGCAUCUGCUCAGACAACUUGUGUGGAAAUUAAGCCUCGGAAUGUUCUAGAUUUGGAUCUUAACCUUCCGGCGCCGGAGGAUGAUCUCCGGGAUUCGAAGUUUCAGUUUCCGGCGACCCAAAAAUCUUUAGCGCUGUCUGCUGCUCCGGCUUUGGUGGGUUGCCAUUAUUAGGCCAGCCAGGGUGGGGAAUUUGGAAUUGGAUCAAAGG